GUAGCCUCUGGGCCAGCGGCAAGGAACGAGCCGCCCUGCCCGCCAGGCACCCUCGCAGGACACCCCGGUGACAGCAGCCCCAGGGCGAUCAGCCGUCCCAGAUCUGCUGAGACUGACAGGACCUGCGAGACCUUUGAGGACCACCGCCAGAAAGAGGGACCAGCAUCUUCAUACUCUCUCCGGUGCGGCCUUGCCUAGGACUCAGGAUCCACGAGCUAGCCGGCAGACACCCACCCCUGCUUCACACUCUGUAAGUCCCUAGGAAUUCCCAAGAGCCCCCUGGGAGGGAGGUUACAGAAGGCUGGACACUGUGCAGCCCUGUGGGCAGGGCCUGGGGCAUCUUUGGCCGAGGUGGACAAACUAGGCCCCGUGAGGCCUCUCUCUUUGCCUUGGGAAGGGGUCGUGGCGUCCUGGAUAACGUUUUGGAUUCUCGAGGCAGCUCAGGUGUGCGACAUCGGGCAUACUGCUGCCUCGGAGAGCUGGGCAAGAUGUUUUUCGGCGUCAAGGACAUUGCAUUGUUGGAGCAUGGGUGCAAGGCUUUUGAGGUGGACAGUUACAAGUCUCUGAUGAUCCUGGGUAUCCCGGAAAACUGCAACCGUGAGGAAUUCGAAGAGAUCAUACAGGCCUCCCUAAAACCUCUGGGUAAGUUCAAAGUGGCUGGGAAGGCCUUUGUGGAAGAAGAGAGAUCCAAGGCCGUCAUCAUUAGGCUGGCAGAGGACAUCAGUUAUGCCGUGAUCCCCAGGGAGAUCAAGGGCAAGGGCGGCAUGUGGAGAGUGGUCUACAUGCCCCAGAAGCAGGAUAUUGAAUUCCUGACCAAGCUGAACCUCUUCCUGCAGAGCCAGGGCAGGACGGCGGAAGAUGUGGCCUGGGGCCUAAGGCAGGAACUGUGCCCUAAGGCAGGAACUGUGCCCGACAGUACGGGCCCCAGAGAACUUCCUGCCAGAAACUGCUAUGAGCCUGGGCCAGGGGAGAAACCGGGGCCUGGGGCCACUGCUGCAGGGGACGGGGUGCCACCUCUGGAUUCCACGAAGGAGAGCAAGGCGGGAGAUGGCAAGAAAGGCAAGCGGAAGCACAAGAAAAACCGUCGACGACACCAUGCAUCUGACAGGAAGCUGUGAGGUGACCUGGGGUGGGCGUCAGCUGAGUGGGUGUGCGUGGCGACUUGGAAAGGUGGGUGCCCUCUGAGUAAGUUCGGGGGAUGAGAGUGAAUGUGGAUAAUGCGAGUGAGGAUGAGUUACCCAGUCAAGGGAGUGGGUAACUUUUCAGUAAGAAUGGGUAACAUCUGACUAGUGUGAGCGA